GCAGAAAAGUGACCUACACAGUCUCUCGUCGUGAUAGAGUCUCCUUUGAUGCGGAUGACCUUGAAUCGGUCCAAGCUCCCGUCGUCCGUCCAGACCGUUCCGCAACACGCCCCCUUCCGGAACUUCACAGCCGUCGCUGUGCGAUUGUGGCGGGCUCCUAGGUCUCCUCGGAAGAGACGGAUGAGGAAAAUAGAUGGUAAAUAAGCUGGCUUCAGCUGAACCUACAGGGCACGGCAAGUUUCUUUGUCUUGAGUCUUUGCUGCUCCACAUCUGCUGCAAUGCGUUCGUGGUUCUUUGAACCGUCUCGUCGGAUACCCUUUGUCGAAUUUAAACUUGCUUCACAACAAUAAAAUAGGGCCGAUAUAAUUUGCCGCUUUGCUAGCCACACAUACAUACUAUACUAGUAUGUGCAUAUAUACAAAUGCUUCUGCUUCGAGAGGGCUUUCCUGGCCUAGUUAUCCUGGCACGAAAUCGGAUUUCUCGCAGCUCGGCAGGUGGCAUAGCCUUCCAACAAUCGACGCCAACAUCCCAACGCUAAGAGCCCGCUUGUUAUUGGUGCACGCCUUCCACAAUCGACUGAAAAGGAAAACGAGAUCAUACAUUGAAAUAGCUCUAGAUCCAUGGAUCAAGGAGUUCACUGUGUGUGCCCUGUUUCGUGUGGGGAAGAGAAAGAGGCAAUCUACCAAUUCGCAUCCAAAUUACACAUCCCAACUCCGCCACGAGACACGCUUGAAGUCCCUGUUGCAAGAGAUCAUGAAAAAUAGGAAGAUAGGAGUCUUGCGGCCUUCGAGUUCGACAGUACAUAUAUCCAAAUGUUGUUAAUGGCCUUGCCAUAAGCUCAAGGGAUCAUCAUGGCAGAGCCAUGCACGAUUCAUGCCAGACUAAAACAUUUGGCAGCCAGGGUAUUCCGCCACGGACUUCUGGGUUACUAGUAAAGUCAGUGUUCAGCACCGACAGUCGAUAUUGAGCAGCAUCUGUGCCUCAAUGUCUGCACUCUGUAUGUAUAUGCAUGCAAACUGCAUAUAUAAUAUGUAAUUGUCGCAUUGGCUUUCCGGAGGUCAAGUGGCACGGCCCUCCUCUGACCCCUUCCCAUAGUUUUUGGGCUUAUUGAAGAAAGACAAAGCGCCUUCUGGCGCCGGAAUGGGGGCACAGAUGUUUCCCCAACACAUAAGACAGCAGAAUCAUGGGACAUAGAUCUAACCAAUAUCUAAUUACAGAAGG